UGCGCGGCUUUGCCAAGCAUUAAAAACGCCCCACAAACACCUAUAAUGAAGUUUGAAUGGUGUUACCGCUCCGCAAAUGCCUCGCAACUGCACCUGGCCGGCCAGGCGUUUGCGGAGCGGCACCAUAGACUUGAAUAGGAGGCUUCAACUCCUCCUGACUCGACCAGAGGCGUCCGUUUUGCCGCAACGCAACGCUAACACUCCCGUUUGAACAGCACUACGUGCUGCAAUGUGAGUAUUGGGGGGGGGGGGGGGGGCUGUGAGGGGGAGCAGCACAC